ACGCGGCCCGUGUCCUACCCUUCGCUGAUGACGUCAUCGCGCGCCAAGCUGCUGAUCGCGUCCGUGUGGAUCACGUCCUUCGUCAUCUGCUUCCCGCCGCUCGUCGGCUGGAACGACCGCCACAAGAACCUGGUGUCCGCGGCCGCCGCGGUGUCGUCGGAGGCGUCGUCGGGGCCCGGGGGCGGCCUGGACGACGAGGUGUCGUGCCACCUGUCGUGCGAGCUCACCAACGACAUCGGCUACGUGGUGUACUCGGCGCUGGGCUCGUUCUUCAUCCCCAUGCUGGUGAUGCUGUUCUUCUACUGGAAGAUCUACUGCGCCGCCGCCGAGACCACGCGCGCCAUCAACCAGGGCUUCCGCACCACCAAGAACAAGAGCUUCCUGGGCAGCCGCUUCGAGGAGGAGCGCCUCACGCUGCGCAUCCACCGCGGCAGGAACUCGGUGCAGGAGCACAACUCGUGCCACAACAGCUCGGAGCGGCGCUUCAACGGCCACGCCAGCGCCCACCGGGGCGGCGCGAGCCCCAAGGGCAAGGUGAGCAGCAUCAAGCUGAAGAACCUGCGGCCGCAGCUCAUCAUGAAGUCCAGCAUCUCUCUGCCGCCGGACCUGCGCUACGACGCCGGCAACUUCAGCCUGCAGGAGCGCUGCGAGCUGUGCGACGCCCAGUGCUCGCGCGACCACAACAACGUGCAGCUGCUGUCGGUGGCCAGGAACCCCGAGUGCAACCACCAGGACUCCUGCUUCACCGUCGACACCACCUUCUCGGGGCUCGGGCCGCGCUCCAAGAGGCAGAUGUCGCCCUCCAACUGCGCGACGGCCCCGUCCCGGAUGCAGUCGCGCAGGUUCCAGGGGCAGGACGGCGACAGCCCCUCGUCCGGGCCCAUCCGGGGGCGCAGCACCGGCACGUCCCGGAUGGGCCGCAGGAACAUCAAGGUGCAGGUGAAGCGGUUCCGCAUGGAGACCAAGGCGGCCAAGACGCUGGGCAUCAUCGUGGGCGUGUUCAUCCUGUGCUGGCUGCCCUUCUUCACCAUGUACCUCGUGCGCGGCUUCUGCCCGCUCUGCAUCCACCCGCUGCUGUUCUCGGUCCUGUUCUGGCUCGGCUACUGCAACUCGGCCAUCAACCCGUGCAUCUACGCGCUCUUCAGCAAGGACUUCCGGUUCGCCUUCAAGAACAUUCUGUGCAAGUGCAUCUGCACGCGGGAGGCCCGGAAGCCGCUCAUGGCGCACCAGCCCUCCAUAUACAUACCCUCGUGCGACAGAGACAAUGACAGUGACGAGAACUACGAGGACAGCAAGAGGUAGCACAGAUGGGGGGCUGCGGCGCGCGACCCGUAACGCAUGCAUUUAUAUACCAAAAAUAUAAAACACAUGGAAGGAGGGAACAGAUAA